AUGAAGUUCUACAUCGACGAUCUACCCGUGCUCUUCCCCUACCCGCGCAUAUACCCAGAACAGUAUGCGUACAUGUGCGACAUCAAGAAAACGCUAGAUGUUGGAGGCAACUGUAUUCUAGAGAUGCCGUCAGGAACAGGGAAAACGAUCUCAUUGCUUUCAUUGACGGUGGCAUAUCAGAUGCACUAUCCAGAGCACCGUAAGAUUGUGUAUUGUUCGCGUACGAUGUCGGAGAUCGAGAAGGCAUUGAUAGAGUUGCAUAGACUCAUGGAGUACAGGGCAAACGAGCUAGGAUACGUGGAGGAUUUCCGUGGGUUGGGGCUUACAAGUAGAAAAAACUUGUGCUUGCAUCCGGUGGUGUCAAAGGAGCGGAAAGGUGCCGUGGUGGACGAGAAAUGUCGCCGGUUAACCAAUGGUCAGUUGAAACAGAAGCUCGAGCAGCAGAACAUCACUCAGGAGCAAAUGAUGCAACAGCCCGAUCUGUAUGGACUUUGUUCAUUCCACGAGAAGCUUUAUGAUUACGACCAGCACGACUUGAUCCCCAGUGGAGUGUAUUCGUUCGAGGCCUUGUUGGAAUACUGUAAAGGUUUGGGGACGUGUCCCUAUUUCACUGUCAGAAGAAUGAUCUCCUUCUGCAACAUCAUCAUCUACUCGUAUCAUUACUUGCUAGACCCGAAAAUUGCAGAGCGUGUGUCGCGGGAGUUGAGUAAAGACAGUAUCAUUAUCUUUGAUGAGGCCCACAACAUCGAUAACGUCUGUAUUGAGUCCUUGUCGCUUUUUUUGACCGAUGAUACAUUAAAACGAGCCGGUAGAGGUGCCAACAAAUUGGCAGAUGCUGUAGAUGAGAUGAAGGCUCAAGACAAUGAAAAACUUCAGAAUGAGUAUGAAAAGUUGGUUGAAGGUCUUCGGCAGAACGAAAUCGCCAGAGACGAAGAACUCUUCAUGGCCAACCCGGUCCUUCCCAAGGAUUUGUUGGAGGAGGCCAUUCCCGGAAAUAUUCGUAAGGCUGAACAUUUUGUUUCAUUCUUGAGAAGAUUCAUUGAGUACUUGAAAACCAGAAUGAAGGUCCUCCAUGUCAUCAGUGAAACCCCGGUGAGUUUCCUCCAGCAUCUCAAAGAGUUGACAUUUAUCGACAGAAAACCCUUACGGUUUUGUUCAGAACGUCUCUCACUUUUGGUGAGAACCUUGGAGCUUGCAGACGUCGAGGAUUUGAACGCAUUGAAGGAUAUCGCAACUUUUGCAACGUUGGUCUCCACGUACGAAACCGGGUUCCAGCUUAUUCUUGAGCCUUUUGAGACAGAGGGAUCCACGGUUCCCAAUCCUAUUUUGCAUUUCACAUGUUUGGAUGCUUCCAUUGCCAUUAAGCCUGUGUUCGACCGUUUUCUGUCUGUUAUCAUCACUUCCGGUACCAUUUCGCCUUUGGACAUGUAUCCUAAGAUGCUUAACUUCCAAACUGUGAUCCAGGAGUCUUACACUAUGACUUUGGCGCGAAGAUCGUUUUUGCCAAUGAUUAUUACUAAGGGAUCUGACCAAACAUCCAUUUCUUCUAGAUUUGAGAUCAGAAAUGACCCCUCAGUUGUGCGUAACUACGGCUCGUUGCUUAUUGAAUUUUCCAAAAUAACUCCUGAUGGUAUGGUGGUUUUCUUCCCUUCUUACCUUUACAUGGAAUCCAUCAUCUCUAUGUGGCAGAACAUGGGUGUUCUUGACGAGGUGUGGAAGUACAAGUUGAUUUUGGUGGAAACUCCGGAUGCCCAGGAAACAUCGUUGGCAUUGGAAACUUAUAGAAAGGCUUGUUCGAACGGGCGAGGUGCUGUACUUCUCUCUGUUGCUCGUGGAAAGGUUUCGGAAGGUAUUGAUUUUGAUCACCAUUAUGGUCGUACAGUGUUGAUGAUUGGGAUUCCAUUCCAGUAUACUGAGUCGAGAAUCUUGAAAGCUCGUCUUGAGUUCAUGAGAGACCAUUUCCAGAUCAAAGAGAACGACUUCCUUUCUUUCGAUGCCAUGAGACAUGCAGCCCAGUGUUUGGGUCGAGUUUUGAGAGGAAAAGACGACUACGGAAUCAUGGUUUUGGCAGACAGAAGAUUUAAGAACAAAAAGUCACAAUUGCCAAGAUGGAUUGCACAGGCUCUUCAUGAGUCAGAUACAAAUUUAUCGACAGACAUGGCGUUGGCGUCUGCAAAGAAGUUUUUGAGAAAUUUGGCUCAACCCACGAAUCCCAAGGACCAAGAGGGUGUUUCUGUGUGGAAUCUCGAGCAACUUGAAGCUUACCAGAGACAACAGAAUCCAAAUCUAGAAAACGGAGACGUUAAAGAAGGAGACGAAGCAAUCGGGGACGACUUUAUGGAUCUAGAUGAAGCAGACUUGGAGUUGUUGUAA